AUGGCGGUGCCCAUGGUGCGGGCCGCGCUAGGCCCGGCCUUGUCCCGCUCCCGUUUCCCGUUGGGGCUCCGCUGGUACCGAGCGCCCCCCCUCCGGCUGCGGCCGGGCCCGGCCCCGGGGGACCCCUCGGACCCACGCGAGGCCGCGCGGCGCUUCGGGCGCUUCGGGGAGGCGGCGGCGGUGGCGCCGCUCCGGGAGCUGUGGCCGGGGCCGGAGCGGCUCCGGGAGCUGGAGGAGGAGCAGCGGGAGCGGGAGCCGCCGCUGUGGGAGACGCUGCGGGAGCUGGAGCGGCGCGAGAGGGAGGAGGAGAGGAAGCGGCUGGAGAGGCAGGCGCAGGUGGCAGCGGCGCUGGCGGCGAUGCCGGAGCGGGUGCGCGCGUGGCGCGAGCAGCGGGAGCGGGAGCGCGCCAAGGCCAGAGCGGACGCCGAGAGGCGACAGCGCCUCCUAGCGGAGGGAGGACUCGCGGCGGGGGGAGCCCAGCGCAGAGCGGCCCGGGCGCAGGCGCUGCUGGAGGACCUGGAGCGGCAGCAGCGGAAGGAGGAGAAGCGGCGCCAACGCCUGGAGCGACAAGAGGCCAUGAAGAGCGCCCUGGCUGCGGCCGAGGAAGCGGCAGCGGCGAGAGCGCCCCCUGCUGGAGUCGCUGCAGAUACCUCCAAGCUCCCCCCCACCUCCUCUUGA